AGAUUUCUCAGUUGCUUCACUGCACAUAGUAUCAAUGGAGGAAGAGCUUCAUGUUUUAGCAGUAGAUGACAAUCUCAUUGACCGUAAACUCGUAGAGAGAAUCCUCAAGAUCUCUUCUUGCAAAGUGACAACAGCAGAAAAUGGGCUUAGAGCAUUGGAGUACUUAGGCUUGGGAGAUCCACAACCGACUGAUUCAUUAAGUACCAACAGUGUUAUGAAGGUGAAUCUUAUCAUCACUGAUUACUGUAUGCCAGGGAUGACAGGUUUUGAGCUUCUCAAGAUAGUAAAGCAGGAAUCAUCGAAUCUUAAGGAAGUACCUGUUGUGAUAUUGUCAUCAGAGAACAUUCCUACUCGCAUCAACAAAUGUUUAGCCAGCGGGGCUCAAAUGUUUAUGCAGAAGCCCCUCAAACUAUCGGAUGUCGAAAAACUCAAGGGUCAUGUCUUAAACUACAGGAGCUGAAGAUCUGCUUAAUCUCAAAAGCUCAUAGAAUUCUUGUUGAUUUUUUUAAUAUAUGAGAAAAUUUUAAAGAUUGUGUUCCAAAACAAUGACAAAGACCGUCUUGGUUAUCUCAA